AUGAUCAUGGCUCUUUCUCUUCGAAUCAUUAUCAAAGCUUUUCUCUUAAUUACCGCCACUGCCUCAUCACCUCCCGGCGGCUUCACCAUCGAAUUAACCCACCGUCACUCUAACUCCUCUUCUUCUCCACUCUCCAGUGACGACGAUGGAUCAUCUCCUUACGCCGAUACCGUCUUUGCUACAACCGAGUAUCUAAUGAAGCUACAAAUCGCUCCCAUCUUCGACCCUACGAAAUCCUCAAGCUACAAAGCCAAAAUAUGCCACGACGGCCCUUGUCCUUACAAGUCUACCUACGCAGACCAAACCUAUUCCAUUGGAACGUUAGCGACCGAGACGGUCACGAUACAGUCCACUUCAGGCCAACCUUUUGUGAUGCCAGAAACCCUAAUCGGUUGUGGCCACAACAACACAGGGCUUGACUCCAAGAGCUCAGGCAUUGUGGGUCUAGGUUUGGGAGCUUCAUCACUCAUCUCUCAGAUGGGAGAAAGAUCCUUAGGUCUUUUCUCUUACUGCUUCACCGGUCAGGGAACGAGCAAGAUCAACUUUGGAGGAAACGCUGUCGUGUCGGGAGAUGGGACAGUAGCAGCCGAUAUGUUUCAAAACAAACAUGGUUUCUAUUACCUAAACCUAGACGCGGUCAGCGUUGGAGAUAACCGCAUCGAGACGUUAGGGACACCGUUUCACGCCUCAGAUGGGAACAUGAUCGUAGACUCUGGAGCCACUUUCACGUACUUGCCCGAUAGCUACUGCAAGAAAGUGAAGGAGGCAGUGGAAAACGUUGUGAGAGCGGAUCGAGUAGCUUCCAUGGGGGACAUGCUUUGCUACAACUCGGACGAUAUAGAGAUGUAUCCGUCGAUCACACUGCAUUUCUCUGGCGGUGCGGAUCUUGUCUUGGAGAAGUACAAUACGUAUAUGAAUAGAGGAGGAAUGUAUUGUCUAGCGAUCAUGUGUGUUGGUCCGACAGAAGACGCUAUAUUUGGUAACAGAGCGCAGAAUAAUUUUUUGGUUGGUUAUGAUCCUUCUUCGAUGGUCGUUUCUUUCAAAGGCCACCGAUUGUUCUGCUCUGUGGAGUUGAAAGAGAUAACAAAUUAA